AUGUUUAAUAUAACGAACUGCAAUGUUACUAUCGUUACCACCAACGAGCCGAAGACGCCGAAGGCGCCAAAGACGCCAAAGACGCCGAUGACUCCCAUGACCUGGGAGGAAUUAAUUGACGAGGAGGACGACGCCGCCCAUGACGGUGGAGCCGCCGCUGCCGAUGGACGCGCCGAAGACGCCGCUCGUGAUGGACCGGCUAUAAAUGCAGCCUCCCAUCGGAUUAGUCGUUUUAGAACGUCGAAUGCCAUUGGAGGUGCCAUGUCGCCGGGAGUCCUAGGAGUACUUGGAUUUGUCCUGCUGUUGGAUGGAUCGCUGGUGACCGCAGCUGCCCCACCCUCCAAGGAUCUGACUGCCCAGAGCCUGAACGAGUUCCGCCAGAGAUAUCUUCUGCCCCUGAUCUCCUCGGACACAAGGAACUGCAGCUUGAAUGCGUGCGAAUCCCUGGCGAUUGUCUCCCAGCUCCUGAUGCUUAUUAAUUCGAUGCCCAAUGGAACCCAGGCCUCGAACCUAAAACCCCCAAGGCCCCAGGGAAAUGGUCCAUCAAACGGCGAUGCUAAUAGCGGAGAAGUCAACGCCAUGUCCCAUCUGGCCAACUUUGAUCUGGUGAAGCGUGUGCGCCAAAUCGAAAGCCGUUUGCGAUCCGUGGAGCAGCCCGUCUGGCGUUUGACCACCGGCAGCGAAAUCGAGUGGAAUCACUGUACGUCCGGAGUGUGCCGCUGUAAUCCGGAUACCAAGAGCUUCAUCUGCUGGAACACUAACCUCAAAUCUGUGCCGGUUACCCAGGUUAUACCCAUGAACAUGGUGACCAUAGAUCUUUCUAGGAAUAUUUUGUCCACCCUGCACAAGGAUACCUUUCGAGGACUGACGGUUCUCAAGGAGCUGGAUAUUUCCAACAACGUUCUUGAUUUUUUGCCAUUUGAUUUGUUCCAGGAUUUGGAUAGUUUGUUGAAUUUACGUAUCCAAAACAACCAUUUGGAGGACAUUGACCCGCGAACCUUUUGGAAGCUGCGCAACCUCAAUCUUCUAGACCUAAGCAAGAACGAGAUAGGCCUCCUUCCGGAAUCCAUGUUCUACCAUGCCCAACGGCUCACAGUGAUCAAUAUGUGCGAUAAUAAAAUUUCAAACUUUCCUCCAAAUCUCUUGAGAGAUCAACUAAUGCUGGAAGAGCUUGAUAUGUCCAGGAAUAAAAUCGUGGAGCUCAAUUCCGGCAGCAUUCGAUAUCUUACCAAGCUAAAGACCUUGGAUUUUGGAUGGAAUCAAAUAGCCAAGAUUGAUGACGACUUCUUUGCGGGCUUGCAGAAUCUUUGUACUUUGAGUUUGCACAAUAAUCGCAUCUCAUCCAUCUCUGGCACCAUUUUCAAUAACUUGGUCAACUUGGAAACCUUGGAUUUGACCAUGAAUCGAAUAAGUCAUAUCGAUGGCAGUGCGUUUCUGGAGCUUAAGAAUCUGAAUGAAUUGUUUUUGGGACAGAACUCAAUGUCAAGUAUUCCAGCGGAUCUAUUUCUAAAUGUCAGUGCCCUCACCAGACUGACCCUCUUUUCAAAUAACCUGACCACCUUGGAGGCUGGCGAUUUUCGAGGACUGAGCCAUCUUAAGGUCCUCCUGCUGAACAAUAAUAUUCUCAAAAACUUCGAUGCUAGGGCCUUCGAACCACUAACCGAGUUGGAAAAGAUUCGGAUUGAUUCAAACAAACUGAUGUAUCUACCCACUGGAGCCCUGCAUGGUCUGGAGAAAUUAGUGGCGGUUAAGCUGGACAAGAACCCCUGGCAUUGCGACUGCAGAGCUCUGUAUCUGGCCAGGUGGAUUCGAGAGUUUGUUCUUAAGCUCUGGGACGGACAACAACCGAUGUGCCGUGGUCCCGGGGACUUGGGGGGUCACGAGGUGGGUCUGUUGAGGUACGAUGACCUCUGCGAUGGCCAGUGGGCCAGCAUGCUGUCCCUUUCGCCUCGACUUCCGGUUCGAAAGCACCAGAUCUCCACGCCAAUGAAUUAUACGGACUAUUUCAACCUUUAUCUAAAGCACAUCUAUAAUGGCACCACCGACGAAGAGCUGAAAGGGGCCGAGAUAACAAGUGUGGCUAUUAAAAAAGUCCAAACAGAUUAAAAGUCUACAACUCAAAUAU